GUAGGUACUGGUAGCAACUAGUGGGGGCUUGGAGCGAGUGUCGAGAGGAGGCCGCGACUGCUCGUCGUGCCACAGUGCUGGUUCGACCUCGGUCUGUGGUAGUAUCGUUCCUUCGAUUCGAUAUUGUAGCAGAAUAUCCUGCAGUGUGCCACAUCCGGUGUAGCAGCGAGAGAGUCAUCGAGCUAAGGGGUGGCAACCCCUUCUUCUAGUUUUGGAUUUUUUUCCGUACUCUGAGACAGUGCGUCCAGCAGAAGAUGCUCCGGUCGCUGUGCUGCUAAGGAAACGUCUGAGUAAAUGCAAUGUUGACGAAAUCAAAGAUGUGGGUGGCUCUGUUGCUGACAGCACAACUGGGCUUCGGCUUACUGGGUAAUGCAGGUGCCACAUGUGACCCGAAAAAUGGAAACACGAUAGUGUGUGAAAAGCUUGAUAACGUAAAGUACAUCAAUGUGAACAAUCUGACGACGCUGAAGGCUCCUGUCAGGGGGAAGACUCUGACGCCUAUACCCUUCAAGAGACUGCCUUCCACCCUGAAGAGCCUGGACUUAUCGGGCGGGGAUGUGGAGUUCAUCGAGACCGAUACCUUCCUGAGGGUGACGAGCUUGCAGGAUCUCAAAAUGUCCGACAAUUCGAUCGCUGAAUUGAAAGAGUCCGCGUUGAAUGGGCUGACAAAGUUAAAGAACCUCGAUCUCAGGAGGAACAAGAUCCACGAACUACCGCCAGCCUUGACGAAACUCAAGUCAUUGAAGAACUUGGAAAUCUCGGGAAAUCCCAUCGUCUGCAACUGCGCGACUCUUCGAGUGCGGGACGAGCUCUUGGCGAACGAAGUGAAGAUCUCAAAGCGGGUCUUCUGCGUAACUCCUUCUCAUCUGAAGGGCGAAUCAAUCCUCGAACUCGAAACAGAAGUGAUUUGCAUGUUCGAAGAACAGGACAAAGAGAUGCAGGCUGACCAAGCAGACGGGUCUGGAGACGUUGAUGACGAGCUAUCGGAAGAGUAUGAAGACCUGACGGAGCUGCCUCCGGUGGAAGAUGUACCAUCUAAUCCCGCUCCAACGUCCACGAGCGAUAGGGUGGAAGGGGACCUGGAUGACUUGAUCAUAAUUACGAGAGGACGCAGCGAUUUCAGCGGCGUGGAAGUUCCGUUAGAGAACGCGACCCAAGUGAGCAACGAUGACGACGACUUCGGUGACGACGACGACGACGACUUCGGCUUUACUGACGAAGAAAAAUCGGACGAUCUGAUCGUCGAAGGCUCUGGGCUGACGGAAGACGAGGGAUCCGGCACCGAUGACCUGUGGAGCCCCGUGAAUACGCGCGUCUUACACGAAACCAUAGAGUUUGCGGGGUCUCCAAGUACGUCGACUGAAAAGACCACCACGGAGCCCAAUUGGACCAGCGUAAUAUGGAACUUGUGGAAUGGAGAUACUGACGACGAUUUAAAUCCUGCAAAGAAGACGGAUGAGAGUGUUACCGACGAGCAAUUCAUCACUGUACCCACUGAGAGUUCUCUAUCCAAAGAGUCGAUUGUUAACACUACGACGGGAAUCUCGUCGGUAAUGGAUAAGGGAGACAUCCUCGGUAACACGGACGAAGUGGAAGUUUCCACGAAGAAGGUGGAGGUCCAGGAGACAGUCGCGACGUCCACCAACGUCUCCACUUCCAAUGUCGGAACUAAGUCCGAAAAGGUCCAAGAGACGAUCGAAGACGAGAACACGCCGACGGAAAAGGACUCGGCGUCGACCAGUCCGACGAAGAAGAGCAUGGGGUCCUACGUGGUGCUGGCAGCCUUGCUCGGAGUGCUGGCCGCGCUGGUUGGCUUCGCGGCGUACAAGAGCAGCUUUUGCAAGAAGAAGCCGAGCAGUGAUCCGGAGCGAGGUACCGAGUUCAAGGACAUGCAGAAGGCCCUUCUCGAAGGCACAAAUGGCAACCAACCGAAGAUCGCCUCGAAUGGUACCACGGAGAGCGUUCCACUGGUCGGGUCAGGUCAGGGUCGAGACGCUGAACCCUCGGAAGUAAAGCGGUGGCCAGAGUCCAACACGCCGACCGUCGACGAAGGCGUCAAGUACGCCCCGUCACCGGUGGACUCGGACCCGGUCAAGCCGCCCAGGAAGUCGGUGCCACCUCAGGACGAUACGAACGGCAUCCAGGAGGUCAAAACCCACAAGCCGCUGUCCUCUUUCGCCCCGAGGACGGUGACGCCGCCGAAUAGCCCAUCGAUUCUCGUCGAUGACGGGAAGCAGAGUCCGCCGCUUAGCCCAAACACCCAGAGAGUGAAGAUCACUCUUCAGGAGAAUCCUGACAGCGUUCCCAAGACGCCGGUCCUGAUAACACGGACGAAACCAGGUGUUAACAUAGUCAAAACGCCGUAGGGUAGAAUUGACCUUCAAUAUUCAAUGUACGAAUUCGUGUAUAUCGAGUACCUUCGAAAACCAACCAUUCUUCCUCUUGCUUCUUCUCUUAUCAUUCUUAAACACGAUUAUUUAUAGACCGGUGUUACCACGCGUCGUGUUCCUAUAGAUCGAGUUUUCGGCCACUCCGUGAUCCACUAUUUUUCACGUCAUGUCCUCGA